AUGUUAACUAACCAUUUAACUGAAGAAUUAUUGUCUGUUACUACCUGCUGGAAAUUAAAAUUUGCCGAUGGAAAAGUGAUGGGAUUUACUGAUCACGAUGAAGAUUUAAACAUAGAUGGUAUAAUCUACAAAUCCUCAAGUGGGUUUACAGCAAGUAGUAUACUUCUAAAUAGUAACUUAAAAACUGAUAGUUUAGAAAUUGAAGGAAUAUUAAACAGCGAUGAAAUUAAAGAAGAAGAAGUUUUUGCUGGAAGAUAUGACUUUGCCAAUAUCGAAAUAUUUCUCUUGAAUUAUAAGGAUCCAAGUCAGGGUAUAAUUAGUUUAUACUCAGGAACUUUUGGCAAAAUCACACUAAAUAACGGAAGGUUCAUUGUUGAAAUUAGGGGACUGUCAGCAAAACUUGAGCAAAAUGUAGUGGAGCUAUAUUCUUCUACGUGUAGAGCACAGUUUUGUGACGAUAAGUGUAAAAUUGAUGCAAAAAAAUUUAGUAAGGUGAGCGUUGUUACUCAAGUAAUAGAUGAAAAAAAAUUUAAAGACACGAAUUUAACUGAAAGUGAUGAAUAUUAUAAACAUGGGAUAGUAAAAUUCUCAACAUUUGAAGCUAUUGUGAAAGAAUAUAAAGAUCAAAUAGUUACAUUAUUCACAGCACAUAAAAUUUCCGCUGGAAAUCAAUAUUCAAUACUUGCUGGUUGCGAUAAAACAUUCUCAACAUGUCAAAACAAAUUUAAUAAUUCUGUAAAUUUCCGUGGUGAGCCGCAUAUACCUAUGGCUAAUAGACUAAUUCGCUAG